AUGGCGGCCGUGGCCACCGAGCCAGGAGCUGCGGCGAUUCGCUCGACGGCGACGAGCGACGACGGCUCGCCGGAGCCGGGUUCCGGGCGAAUGCCCGAAGGGGCGCCCGAGCCGGCCGCGGAGCCCGAGCCCGAGCCGGCCGCCGAGCUCGGCGGCCUAGGAGCGGGAGACGGCGGCGACGCGGACGUGGAGGAGCGCCGUUGCCGCCAUCUCGGGCCGGAGCCGGAGCCCGCGACGGCGGCGGGAAGAGUCCAAGAAGAGGCGGCCGGCAGCGGCGGCCGGGGUGAGCAAGUCACGCCGAACCGGAGCGGCCCCGAGCGCUACUCUCUCGGAGAAGCGGUCUCGGCGCAGACGGCCUACCGCAGCGGUAGCGGCGGCGGCAACAGCAACUGCGGCGGCAGCAGCAGCAGCAGCAGCAUCGUCGCGCAGCCCAAGCCCACCUCGUCCGCCGUAUUCCUGCACUCUUUCCCGGUCCCGCGGCCCCCGGCCGGUGCCGAGGCCGGCCUUUUCGCGGCGGAGGCGGCGGAACCGAGCGGCGACACCGCCGGCCGGGGCCGAGCCUACGCGGCCGUCGGCCAGGACGCCGCUCCGGAGGAGGGGGCGCCGUGCCGAGCUUCCCCGAAGCCCGACGUCAAGCCCGGCCAAGCCUCGGCGGACGCUUCUGCUUCCUGCAUUCCGCGGCUCGGUGCCGUGCAGGUGCAGGUGCAGGACCUGAGCUUGAGUCUGGGUUCCGAGGUCCGGGUCUCUUUGGACCACGUCAUCGAUGACGCGCUGGUUGUGUCCUUCCGGCUGGGCGAGAAGCUCUUCUCCGGGGUUCUCAUGGACGUUUCAAAAAGGUUCGGACCGUACGGGAUUCCCGUCACGCCGUUUCCCCCGCGCCAAGACCGGAGCGGCGCUCGGAGGGCGGCGCCCCCCGAGCGGGAAGCCACGGGCGAAGAAGACGCGCCUAACGGCCCGCGGAAGCCGCUGUUUCAGGAGGGGGCGCCGUACCCGCCGCCGCUCUUCAUCAGGGACACGUACAACCAGGACUUACCUCAGCCGCCGCCCCGCAAGAUCAAGCGGCCCAAGCGCCGCUACCGCUGCGAGGAGCCCACCUCCAUUAUGAACGCCAUCAAGCUGCGCCCGCGCCAGGUGCUGUGCGACAAAUGUAAAGGCGCGGCGGCCGUUCGGCACGCCGGCCCGCGGGACUCCAGGGGCGAGGAGCGCCGGCGGAAGGCGGCCGAGGGGCCCGUGUCCGCCGAGGUCAAGCGAUUGAGGAGCGACGACCGCGCCCGCGGGGAUGAGCGAGGGGGCCGCGGCGCGGAGAGACGCGCGCCGCCGGGGACGCGGGCGCCGGCCGGCUUCCCCUCGUCGCCUCGCGCGCCCUCCUCGUCUUCGUCGGCACGUCUCAAGCCGAACUCUAAGAAGGCGACGCAAAAAGGGAGCGACGGGGCCAAGAAGGCGGCGCGGAACUCGCCGCCGGCCCCCCUCGGCGAGAAUCGGGACAGAGAGGGCAAGGCCCUGACACGUGCCGCCGCUCUGCGGAAGCAGAAAGUCCACUUCACGCGCCGGCUGCAGCAGCUGAGCGCCGCCCUGGUCGGCCCCGCCUUGCCGCCUCGAAUGCGCCUCAAACCCCAAAGGUAUCGUACCGACGAGCCGCGGGCCCCGCCCUCCUCCUCCUCCUCUUCUUCUGCCUCCCCCUCCUCUUCUUCCUCACCUCCCAAUAUCGACAACGCUCGCUCCGGUCCCGACCCGUCCGCGUCGCGUCCCCCGGCGCCUACCUCUUCUUUUUGCGCCGCCCCGGAAGAGGAGGAGCGUCGUCCUCCGCCACGUCCCGACCUCUCGGAGGGCGUCUCGGCGCUCCCCCCGCCCCCGGCUCGCUUGGCGGCGCCCCCCUGCCCGUCGGCGGGCGACGAGGAAGGGGAGCGACCCGAACGGCGGCGCAAGUCGUCCACGUCGUCGUCCUCUUCCUCGUCGUCCGCGUCGUCCUCUUCCGUCUUCUCCAAGUCGGUGUCCAAGUGUCAGCUGCCGGACGGGCGCGCGGUGUGCGUGGGCGACAUCGUUUGGGCCAAAAUCUACGGCUUCCCCUGGUGGCCGGCGCGGGUGCUGGGCAUGACGGUGGCGCGGCGAGCCGACGGCGCGGGGCGGCAGGAGGCGCGCGUGUCCUGGUUCGGCUCGCCCACCACCUCCUUCCUGCCGCUGGCGCAGCUCUCGCCCUUUCUGGAGAGCUUCCAGUCGCGCUUCGACAGGAAGAGGAAGGGCCCGUACCGCCGCGCCAUCUCCGAAGCCGCCAGCGCCGCCAAGCAGCUGACGCCCGAAGUGCGCGCUUUGCUCACGCAAUUUGAAACGUAG